AUGCCCUCCAGCAUCUACUUCGCCGUCUCGGCCGCCGCCCUCGCCGGCUUCGCACAGCUGGCGUCCGCGCAGACCAAUAUCACGGCGAGUGCCUGCGCCGCUGAAUCCGCCUACUCAGACUGCAACGGCAACGUGGCCGACAAGUGGCGCUCAUGCAUCAAUAAUUGCAACGGCGAUGGCAACUGCAUCAUCGACUGCGGGUGCACCGCACACCAGGAGUAUAUCAACUGCAUGGCGCAAUCGUGCUGGAACCAGGUCUACUCCUGCCAAUACCAGCUCUUCGUCCAGCAGUACUUCGCCGUGUGCCCGAACGCCGCCGAGCCAAUCCCCUUCUGGCCGGCACCAGACAACGCCCCGAACCGCUGCUCAUGCAGCCUGGGCAAAGUGCUAUCGAGCACGCUAAGCGCGCGCAACGAUCAGAUCUCCUGUGUGCAGAACGUGACAGACCAGACGAUGAAUAAUCUUCCCGACCUGUCGAAUCUGGGCAAUAUCCCGGAUAUCGCGCGGACGGCGACGGACUGUGCGUGCUGCGGUGCCAGCGCGAGUAUGUCUGCUGCAUGGGACGUGUGCCCUCACACAGUUCCCACCCUUGCAGGUGCCGAUCUCUGGCCCAUCUUCUUCCCCUCCAACCUCCCGAACCUGUACACCUCAAUCCCAAAUUGGGACUGGGACACCUGCGACGGCACCCUCGGCUCAACCGACUGUGCAAACAUCGGCUUCUCCGACCCAUCCAACAAGUUCUACAAGCCCGGCGACUUCCCGUCGAACGGGACGUCGACGCUGUACAAUGUCGGAGGCACCGUGACGGCGCCGCCGAGCGGGACGGUGAUUACUUGGUCGCAGGCUUCGGCGACGUACACGGUGACGGCGACGGGGUAUGAUAAGAAGGCGGUUGCGAGUCAGAGUGAGCAUGAAGAGACGGCGACGGGGACGGGCGAUGCGAUUGUGACGCAGACUGCCAAUGCGGCUGUUCAGGGUGGGGUUGGGCUUGGUGGAGUUGUUGGGUUGAUGGUGGGUGGGCUGAUGGCGUUGUGA